GCACUCACCAACAGCGUUGACUAACUCAGCGGAAUUGUUUGAGGCUUGCUACUGUUUCCCCACGGAAACUUUAUCAACGGACCAAAACCACAGGCGGUAUGGAAGUGAAAAAUGCAAGUGCAGCCAUGCUCAGCAACUAUGAGGUGUUCAAACUCCUCACUGAUCUCAAAGAGCAGAGGAGAGGAGCUGGGAAAAGCAAACACUCUGCCAGGCAGCAGAACCUCAAUACCAUCAUGUAUGAGACCCUGAAAUAUCUAUCAAAGACCCCAUGCAGCAGACAAAGUCCUGAGAUCGUGAACCAGUUUCUCAGAACCAUGAUGCAACACAAGCUCACAAAGGCAGAAAAACUACAGCUGCUAAACCAGCGACCACAGACUGCAGUGGAAAUUCAGCUGAUGGUGGAGGAGAGCGAGGAGCGGCUGUCGGAGGAGCAGAUCGAGAAGCUAAUUCAGGACGUGGCAGGCGUCCUCCCAGGUGACCCAGAGCAGGAGAACGCCACUCCAGCCGAUGCAGAGAUGGAUGAAGGGGGAGAAGAGUCUUGACAUGGUGGCAAGACUGAACAUGACCUUUAUGUGGAGAACUGGGGAUGAGGCCAAACACGUUGCAGAACUGGUUUGACUUUCUGCAAGUUGCAUCUAAAGCAACACAAGGACAGGAUGCACAGGGACUCUAAGGCUGCAGCUAAAAGCUGGGUUGUUUUUCUUGUUGAUUUGUUCAGCUAUUUCCCAAUAAACAGUUUGGACCAAAACAUGCUCAGUGGCUUUUAAACAAAAGCUUUCAGCCUCUUAAAAAAAAUAACAUUCAAGAGAAAAAUGUGCUAACAGAAAUAGAUAAGAGUUCUUCCUUUGAAAUGUUGUGUUUUUGAUGACUUAAUUGCUUCCUUAUACACACAUAGGUAAUGUAGUUACCUCUGUAGUUUAGGUUCCAGACCAUAAACAAAACAUAGUUUCUACUUUGAGAAUCUAUUCCUAUAAGGAAGGACUGAUAAAUGAAUUGUUUUUGCAUGACUUUGUUUUAGUGUUGUUCUGUUGCAGCAGAGGGAGGAUGUGUUGGUUAAGUGUGAACGCUUCAGAGUUUUCCCUUCCUGUUGGCAUAUACAAUCAGUUUCCUGUUCUUACUCAUGUUAGCUUUAUUUUUAUUGAUGGUGUGUUAGUCUGAGCUUUCCUUUAACUCCUUAAACAGUUGGAAUGCAAACGUAGAGCAACCAGUAGCUCCUUGGCUGAGAGAACUUUGAGUCUGCAACCUAGAAUAAACGUUUCUCAGCUUUUUAGACUUUAUGUGUGACACAAAAUAUAAUUUUUCACUGGACCCAAACCACAAGCUGCUAGCAUCACUUAACCUCGAUCUCUCAUACUUGGUACUUUGCAGCUUAUCCUUCUUUUAGUAAG